AUGGCAACGGCGGCGGUAAUCUCGAACAAGGAGACGCCAGCGGUCAUAAGUCUGGACUCGGAGUUUGGGAACGAGCAGCCUCAUUCAAACGGUGUUAAGCGCGAAGAGGCGUCUCAGGCUCUAGAAAUGGGUGUGCAAUCCAAUGACGACUGGGAGAGCGCGUCCAUGUACGAAGAGCUCUACGAAGAGAUAGACCCGGAUGAUUAUGAGCCCGGAGCGGAUGUUUGUACACCAGCGGAAGCCAAAGCCUACAAGGACAGGCUUCACGAAGUUGGUGCCAACAUGUUCGUCUAUGAGACUAUCACCUCUAGGAAAGUCACGGCAAAGAAGCUCUGCACAGCUUUCGGCGUCAAGCUUCCCGUCUUCUAUGAUAAGCUUGCGGACAGCCACUACUAUCCGCUUCUGGGUGUCGCCAUCAAGCAUGAGAUCUGCAAGCGCCGAAGGCUGCCGCAGUACAAGAACAUAGAUGACGCGGCGAGGCUAUUACGGAAGUCAAAGAAUAUCAUGAUUAUCGCUGGUGCAGGGAUAUCAACAAGUCUCGGCAUACCAGACUUCCGAUCAAAGAAUUCUGGAUUCUACUCCAAACUGCAAGACCAUGGCUUCGAUGAUCCGGAACAGGUUUUCGAUAUUGAGAAUUUUGACGAGGAUCCCACGAUAUUCUACAGCCUUGCUGGUGACAUCAUACCCGACCUACGCACAUGGUCACCCACACACGAGUUCAUCCGUUUGGUACAGGAGAAAGGAAAGCUCCUCACAAACUACACCCAGAACAUCGACAACCUGGAGAGCCACGCUGGCAUCAAGGCUGAAAAGCUCGUCCAGUGUCACGGCUCGUGGGCCACCGCUACCUGUCGCAAAUGCAAGUACCGCGUUCCUGGCGAAGACAUCUUUGACGACGUAAGAGCACAAAGGGUUGCAGUCUGCAAGCGUUGCGUUGAGGAACUCAAAGCGCCCCGUCCUGGCAUGAAGCGGAAACGGAAUCCGAACGGCAACGGCAAGCCCAAGAAGCGGCUGAGCUCAGACGAUGACGAUUCGGACGGGGAAUAUGACAUUCCGCAACCAGGCCCCGACAUCACGUUCUUCGGUGAAGGACUUCCGGAGAAGUUCUUCGAACGGAUACGCAAGCACGACCGGGAGCUCGUCGAUCUGGUCAUCGUCAUCGGCACCACCUUGAAGGUUGCGCCUGUUUCUGAGAUUCCACAGUUCAUCUCCCCUGAGGUCCCGCAGAUCUUCAUUUCUCGCGAUCCCAUCCACCACAUCAACUUUGACAUCAACCUCCUCGGCGACUGCGAUACGAUCGUCGCCGAGCUUUGCCGGAGAGCUGGUUGGAACCUCCAGCAUAAGAUGCUUGACCCCGAUCAGAAGAUUGAGGUGAAACCCUACGAGCAGGACAGCGACACGCAUUUCACGGUUAAGGCUCGGCGUUCCUGA